GUGUGGGAGAACUGGAACUGGAAGGCGAAUUUGCGGAAUGUUGUCAAUUCGGGAAUCACAGGGGGGAUGAAGAAGAGCGCGAGCGCCUUAACGACGACAAGAAAAGGCAAAAAUUAUUGGGAAGGAAAUUCGAUUCGGGCUCUGAUAUCACUGAUCUUCAAGUGAAUUGUUUAUAGUUUGUUCCGUUGAUGUCUUAGAGAGGACUUCAUUGAUCACCCGAAUUGCAAGUGAAACGAGGCAGGGAAGAUGUAUCAAUGGAGGAAAUUCGAGUUCUUCGAAGAGAAACUAGCUGGAAGAUGCACAAUUCCGGAAGAGGUCAGGGAAAAGAAGAUCGAGUGUUGCUCGAGCGGCAGAGGGAAGGUGGUGAUCGGAUGCAAUGACGGUAGCGUUAACCUACUUGAUCGUGGGCUUAAGUUCAGCUAUGGAUUUCAAGCUCAUUCCUCUACCGUAUCCUUUCUGCAACAGCUCAAGCAACGGAACUUUCUAGUCACUGUUGGAGAAGAUGUGCAAAUAGCUCCGCAACACACUGCAAUGUGCUUGAAGGUUUUUGACCUUGAUAAAAUUGAGCCGGAGGGCUCAAGUGCAACAAGUCCCGAGUGUAUUGGAAUCUUGAGGAUAUUUACUAAUCAAUUUCCCGAGGCAAAGAUUACGUCAUUUUUAGUCCUAGAGGAGGCUCCGCCAAUACUACUUAUUGCCAUUGGCCUGGAUAAUGGUUGCAUAUACUGCAUCAAAGGGGACAUUGCACGUGAACGCAUUAACCGUUUCAAGCUUCAGGUAGAUAUCUCAGACAAGAAUCAAUCAUCUAUCACUGGGCUCGGGUUCAGAGUGGAUGGUCAGGCUCUUCAGUUAUUUGCUGUAACUCCCGAUUCAGUGAGUUUAUUCAGCCUGCAGACUCAACCGCCAAAGGGGCAAACUCUGGAUCACAUUGGAUGUGGUGUGAACGGUGUCACAAUGAGCGAUCGCUCAGAGUUGAUAGUUGGUCGUCCGGAGGCAGUUUAUUUUUAUGAAGUUGAUGGACGAGGUCCUUGCUGGGCUUUUGAAGGAGAAAAAAAGCUUGUAGGAUGGUUUCGCGGAUACCUUCUAUGUGUUAUUGCAGAUCAGAGAAAUGGAAAGAACACUUUCAACAUUUAUGACCUGAAGAAUCGUCUGAUUGCCCAUAGUCUUGUAGUUAAAGACGUUUCUCACAUGCUUUGUGAAUGGGGUAGUAUUUUACUUAUAAUGGACGACCAAUCAGCUCUAUGUAUUGGAGAAAAGGAUAUGGAAAGCAAAUUAGAUAUGCUAUUUAAAAAGAAUUUGUACACCAUAGCUAUUAAUCUUGUUCAAAGUCAACAAGCCGAUGCUGCUGCAACUGCAGAAGUGCUAAGAAAGUAUGGGGACCAUCUAUACAGCAAGCAAGAUUAUGAUGAGGCUAUGGCCCAGUAUAUCCAUACUAUUGGACAUCUUGAGCCCUCUUAUGUUAUACAAAAAUUUCUUGAUGCUCAACGAAUCUAUAACCUCACUAAUUACUUGGAAAAUUUGCAUGAGAAAGGGCUGGCUUCUAAAGAUCAUACCACUCUUCUACUAAACUGCUACACCAAAUUGAAAGACGUUGAAAAGCUGAAUGUAUUUAUUAAGAAUGAGGAUAGCGCUGGAGAGCAUAAAUUUGAUGUUGAGACAGCAAUAAAAGUUUGUCGUGCUGCCAAUUACCAUGAACAUGCCAUGUAUGUUGCUAGGAGGGAAAGAAAGCAUGAAUGGUACCUUAAGAUCUUACUUGAAGACCUUGGAAGAUAUGAUGAGGCCCUGCAGUAUAUUGCCAGCCUUGAGCCUAGUCAAGCAGGGGUGACAAUUAAAGAGUAUGGGAAGAUUCUAAUAGAACACAAGCCACGCGAGACAAUUGAUAUUCUCAUGAAGCUUUGGACGGAGGACGGUGAGACGUUAAAGGAAAGGGCCUCAAAUGGCACAUAUUUAUCUUUGCUGCCAUCUCCCAUUGAUUUUCUCAACAUUUUCAUUCAUCAUCCACAGUCACUUAUGGAAUUCCUUGAAAAGUAUACAAAUAAGGUAAAGGACUCACCUGCUCAAGUGGAAAUCAACAAUACACUGUUGGAAUUGUACCUGUCAAAUGAUUUAAACUUUCCAUCAAUGUCCCAAGCUAGCAAUGGAAUAAAUCUUAGUCUUGUAGAAAGAUCCGGAGCAACACUGAUAUCAGCUGAGUCCAAUACAAAAGUAAGCUUCGAGAAUAAGGACCCUGUAAAGGAUAAGGAACGGCUUGAAAGGCAAGAGAAGGGAUUACGCCUGUUAAAGAAUGCAUGGCCAUCAGAACAGGAAAACCCUCUCUAUGAUGUUGACCUUGUUAUCAUUCUCUGUGAAAUGAAUGCAUUCAGGGAAGGACUUAUGUAUUUAUAUGAAAAAAUGAAACUCUACAAGGAGGUUAUAGCUUGCUAUAUGCAAACUCACGACCAUGAGGGUUUGAUUGCUUGCUGUAAAAGAUUGGGCGAUUCAGGGAAGGGAGGUGACCCUUCUCUAUGGGCAGAUUUACUGAAGUACUUUGGUGAACUUGGGGAAGAUUGUUCCAAAGAAGUGAAGGAAGUUUUGACCUAUAUUGAAAGGGAUGAUAUCUUGCCUCCUAUUAUGGUUAUCCAGACGCUCUCAAGAAAUUCAUGCCUCACACUUUCUGUCAUCAAGGACUAUAUUGCAAGAAAGCUUGAACAGGAAUCCAAGAUGAUUGAAGAGGACAGGCGGGCAAUUGAAAAGUAUCAGGAAGACACAUUAGAAAUGAGAAAAGAAAUUGAAGAUCUUAGGACAAAUGCUAGAAUUUUUCAGCUUAGCAAGUGCACUGCAUGCACGUUCACCCUUGAUCUUCCAGCUGUUCACUUCAUGUGUAUGCAUUCAUUCCAUCAGCGUUGCUUGGGGGAUAAUGAAAAAGAAUGUCCAGAGUGUGCUCCAGAUUACAGAAAAGUUCUAGAUAUGAAGAGAAGCUUGGAGCAGAAUAAGGAUCAGGACCAGUUCUUCCAGCAAGUGAAGAGUUCAAAAGACGGGUUUUCUGUGAUUGCCCAAUACUUUGGUAAGGGAAUCAUUAGCAAAACCAGUAAUGGAUCUAUGGAUGCUACAAACUCAGGGAAUGCUUCUUCAACAAAUGGUUUUUGAUUAUGGUUUGAGAAGGUGCUUGUUUGUAGAUCUCCGAUGCGAUUGCCUCCUAAUCUUAUUGCAUAACUGAGUCUUGUACAAUGCAAUUGGACUGGCUCUCAAUGGUGACAUGAUUGAUGGUUUGUCCUGAGGAACUUUGUCCCGUUGGUUUCUGGUUUGUCGACGUUGGCCAGGGAACGACGAGACACUCUUGUUCCAUGGUCCAGUCUCUCUUCCAAGUGUGAGCGUUGUAAUAAAAAGGCUUUAUGUUGUCCGCUUUCUGCAAAAUGAGUUAAGCAAUUAAGAUGUAUUCGUUUGUCAAUAUCAUUUUUUGUCUCCAUCUCCCUUCCUCUAGGCUGAAACAGAUGCUCUAAAGCUGCAAGUAGCCAGUGCCUGCCUGUUCUUGUAACUUACUCUGCUCCGAAGACUUUCUGUCAACUUUAUAGCAGAUUAGUUCGGUAACGACAUGAAGAACGCUCUUAUGAAGAUCCAGAUCGCCACGGUAUUACUGGUUCUGUUCAGCUGGAGAACUUGACAUCUGGGUUAAGGUGCUGAAGUUGAAGAAGACAUGGCAUGGUUGGAGGAGGAAAAUAGAUACCUUAGGUAUUUCUACUUGGAACUUUUCAUUACCAAUCUCAUAUAAUUUGAUUAUUUAACUUGAUUAACGUAGAUUGUAACGUAUGAUUUAUUUUCCUCUUUGUUGGAAUGCAGUUGUGUUAUAGUUGUCAUU